AUGAGGACUGUCAAGUAUUUACUGGCAGCGAUUGUGCUCGCUUUACUUGUUAUCAUCACAUCGCUUUAUCGUCAAUCCAAUUCAGUGCAAUCCGCUUUCCAAUAUUUACGACGCCCUUUCAUUAUCACGAGCACAACAACAUCACAUCGUCAUCAUGAUCCAAACGAAAAGUUCUUGACAUUUUAUCCCCAUUCAGGAUUACAUAACCAACGCUUGGGAUUAUUGAAUGCCAUGGUGCUUGCCAAGGCUCUCAAUCGUACAUUGGUUCUUCCUCAAAUCAACCUUGGUCGUGGUACUCACUGGGCCGCAUCACCCAAGCUUGCUGUGCGAAUGGCUGAAUGCCCUGAUCUCCCCAUACCCGAACGAAGAGGAGGUGGCUGUGCCGAUUAUCGACGUUACAUUCCUGUGCCAGUAUCCACUGUAUUUGACCUUAGUGUUUUGGAUGCCGUUGGCAUUCCUUACAUUGAGCGAGAUGAUAUGCACGUUUCUUUUUUCUACAACGAGCUUGGUGUAUACGAUGAUGACAUGUACCAAGUCAAUGACAGCAGUCGCUUUUCGUACCGAAUUUAUGGCACUCGCAAUACCACAACAGGCGACUUGAGGCAAUUUGAAUACCGCCUUGAUCUUGAAGACUUGGCCAUGCGACCUGAACGAGCGCUUGUUUUUGGUUCAUUGUUUGGUUCAACACGUUUGGUAUUGGAUCAACGACCGGAUUUAUCAUGGCUACACCGUUAUCUUUCGGGUGAACUUGGCUUUGGUCAUCCCACCGUGGUGCAACAAACCCUCAAUGUCGUUUCUCAAUUGGGUGGCCCUGGUGAAUUUGUCGGUGUCCAUUUACGCACAGGCGAUGGUGUUUUCAGGGUUGUCAUGGAACAAACCAUGAACAUGGUACGCCAAACCCUUCAAGGCUUAAGCCCCAAUCAAAACCACGUGCAGCAGCAGCAACUCGACUCAAUUGAGCAUUUGCAAUCAUUGGGACAACAAAAUCAAAUUCAAGAAUUGUUGCACGAAUGCGUCUCCUUACAACACAACCGCCAUGAACACGAUUUGCAUCAUCGACUACGCCUCAUUUUCAUGGCAACAGACGCUGCUCAGCCGAGACAAACAUUGCCCAGCUUGUAUAACGAGUUUGUGUGUCUCUUUUCUCUAUCCGAUUUUGACGAUGUCAUUCAACAAACCAUUACUUCAUCAUCAUCAUCAUCCAAUGAUAACAGCAACCUUGGUCCUCUUUUGUUACCGCUCUUGGAUGCUGAGGUGGCCUCCCAUGGUGAAUUCUUUGUUGGCACUAAAAGAAGUACAUUCUCGAAAUACAUCGAGUAUCGCAAUCACCGCUUCUUGUCCUACUAUCCAAACCUCGCAACUUUGUCACUUUGA